ACGACCUCAGACAGCAGGAGGUGAGCCGCAGCUUUACAGCGGUAGUUCUUGUUUUGAAUUCGUCUUCCUGCAGAGAGAGAGAACAAUAAAUACAGAGAGGCUGAGCACAAGGUGUCACAGCGCUGAAGGAAACAGACGGAGAAGAUUAUGACCGAGCUGUCGUGUUUUUAUGACUGAGACGACCAUGAAGACGAGAGCUGCGAGUGUGUUCAUCUUCAUUCAGCUUUUAGAAGGUAAAAAAAACCAAGUUUUAUUUGUACAUAAAAUAUGACUCCAUAAUCUAUAACAGCCAGAAUUUUCUUAGUUAUGUAACAUGUCAAGUAUCAUGUUUUGCACUUUGAAGUUAAUCAGGAAAGGAAAGACCUCCACCCAUGGUUCGUCUUCUUGUACAUGUCUGGGUUUUUUCUUGAGCUGCUCGGUCUGCAGCUCGUUCAGGAGUCUGUUUAGCUCAAAUUUAAAGGACUCAUCCUCACCCCUGCUACAGCCUUCCACCCAGUGGUGAUGGAGGCCAAGAAAGAUCAGUUGGACUAACCUUCAUUGCCAUCUUGAACUCUUUCUUCCUCUCCCAGCCCACGCAGAGCUGAUCUUCAGACACCUGUCAGGGUCUCAGUCCCUGCAGCUCUCCUGCUCCCCUCAACAGGAUCACAGACUCCUCACAGGUCUCCAUCUUUACCACCGUGGCUCCAGCGCUCAGACCACCCUGCUGUCCAUGUCAGAGGGCAGAGAGCUCAAGGUCGACCCUGUGCUGAGAGGACGUCUGCAGCUCAGUGGAGGACUGAAGUCACUGCAAGUCAACAUCACCAUCAGUCAUUUACAGUCAAGUGAUACAGGACUGUAUCUGUUGGAGCAGAGCUACUUGAGUAGGAACAGCUCAGAGCAGGUCUUCAUCAGCACGCAGAAGGUUGUCCUGUUGGUAGAAGGGACAGGUGUGUGGUUUUGACAUAUUUAAUCAAAUUAACAAGCACAUAUUUCUACAAUUUGAUCAACUGGAGAGUAUAUCUUUGUGGUGUAACACUGGUUACACUUUUGGGAAAUGUGUCAGUGUAAAAGUAAUGAGAGUAAAGAGAAAACUACCACAGCCCUGCUCAGACAUUGAUGAAUUGUUGUGUUUUUAUAUCAGGAGGAUCCUGUCAAUGCUCUCCCAGUUCUCCUCCUCUGUUCCUGACCAUUUUAACAGUAGCAGGUCUUCUUCUGCUCACACUCAGCUGGAUGGCUGUGCAGAAAUGUGUGAGUAUUUACACUUCUCCUAAGACGUAACCAAAAAGAGACUAAGAUAAAAUCAUGGGGUCAUUUUGGAGGACUGUUGUGCAGGGAUGCUCUUUUUUUUUAAAUUGCGGAAUCGUUGUUGUUUCUGUCACAUCAGUUACCUGUUCUGACUGUAUCACCGCCUGGCAGCAAAUGACUAAAAACGAAUUACGAAGACAGACGAGUGAGUCAUAAAUGCGCUAAUGACUGACUCAAAUAGAAACUGAUGCGUUAGCUUCAGUGGAAGCCUAAAAACAAACAUCUGACUCUGUGAAAAUUCUUGGUCACAAAAUCAAAAACAAAGAACUGAUAUAAUUAAACUAGAAGUCACAGUUAGUUACAUCUUUUUUUUUAAUCAUACUAUACUAUAAAAAAAAUUUUCAUACAGAAAUAUGACUUUUUUCACAAUAUAAUAUGAAAUAUUUGACACAAAACUAUAACAUUUUUAUCAUACUAAAAUAUAAAACAAAAAAUUGCACUAAAAUAUAAUUUCUUUUUCGCAUUAAAUAUUAAACUUUUGGCAUACUAUAGAAUGUCAUUUUUUCCAUACUAAAAUAAAAAAAAUAUUCACAAUAAAAUAUGAAAUUUUUCACAUACUAUACUAUGAAAUUUAUAUGAAAUUUUCAACAUACUAUACUAUGCCAUUUUUGUCAUACUAUACUAUGACCUUUUUAUCAUACAUAAAAUUUGAAUUUUUUUUUCAGAGUGAAAUAUUAAAUUUUCAUCAUACUAUACUAUGCGAUUUUUGUCAUACUAUACUAUGACCUUUUUAUCAUACUUAACAUUUGAAUUUUUUUUUUCAGAGUGAAAUAUGAAAUUUUCAUCAUACUAUACUAUGGGAUUUUUGUCAUACUACACUAUGACCUUUUUAUCAUACUUAAAAUUUGAAUUUUUUUCAGAGUGAAAUAUGAAAUUUUCAUCAUACUAUACUAUGCGAUUUUUGUCAUACUACACUAUGACCUUUUUAUCAUACUUAAAAUUUGAAAUUUUCAACAUACUAUACUAUGCCAUUUUUGUCAUACUACACUAUGACCUUUUUAUCAUACUUAAAAUUUGAAAUUUUUUCCAGAGUGAAAUAUAAAAUUUUCAUCAUACUAUACUAUACCAUUUUUGUCAUACUAUACUAUGACCUUUUUAUCAUACUUAAAAUUAGAAUUUUUUUUUCAGAGUGAAUUAUGAAAUUUUCAUCAUACUAUACUAUGCGAUUUUUGUCAUACUAUACUAUGACCUUUUUAUCAUACUUAAAAUUUGAUUUUUUUUUUCAGAGUGAAAUAUGAAAUUUUCAUCAUACAAUACUAUGCGAUUUUUGUCAUACUAUACUAUGACCUUUUUAUCAUACUUAAAAUUUGAUUUUUUUUUUCAGAGUGAAAUAUGAAAUUUUCAUCAUACAAUACUAUGCGAUUUUUGUCAUACUAUACUAUGACCUUUUUAUCAUACUUAAAAUAUAAAAUUUUCAUCAUACAAUACUAUGUGAUUUUUGUCAUACUAUACUAUGACCUUUUUAUCAAACUUAAAAUUUGAAUUUUUUUUUUAGAGUGAAAUAUGAAAUUUUCAUCAUACUAUACUAUGCGAUUUUUGUCAUACUAUACUAUGACCUUUUUAUCAUACUUAAAAUUUGAAUUUUUUUUUCAGGGUGAAAUAUGAAAUUUUCAUCAUACUAUACUAUGCGAUUUUUGUCAUACUAUACUAUGACCUUUUUAUCAUACUUUAAAUUUGAAAUUUUUUCCAGAGUGAAAUAUAAAAUUUUCAUCAUACUAUACUAUGCGAUUUUUGUCAUACUAUACUAUGACCUUUUUAUCAUACUUUAAAUUUGAAAUUUUUUCCAGAGUGAAAUAUAAAAUUUUCAUCAUACUAUACCAUGCCAUUUUUGUCAUACUAUACUAUAACCUUUUUAUCAUACUUAAAAUAUAAAAUUUUCAUCAUACAAUACUAUGUGAUUUUUGUCAUACUAUACUAUGACCUUUUUAUCAUACUUAAAAUUUGAAUUCUUUUUUUCAGGGUGAAAUAUAAAAUUUUCAUCAUAGUAUACUAUGCGAUUUUUGUCAUACUAUACAAUGACCUUUUUAUCAUACUUAAAAUAUAAAAUUUUCAUCAUACUAUACUAUGCGAUUUUUGUCAUACUAUACUAUGACCUUUUUAUCAUACUUAAAAUUUGAAUUCUUUUUUUCAGGGUGAAAUAUAAAAUUUUCAUCAUAGUAUACUAUGCGAUUUUUGUCAUACUAUACGAUGACCUUUUUAUCAUACUUAAAAUAUAAAAUUUUCAUCAUACUAUACUAUGCGAUUUUUGUCUUACUAUACUAUGACCUUUUUAUCAAACUUAAAAUUUGAAUUUUUUUUUUAGAUUGAAAUAUGAAAUUUUCAUCAUACUAUACUAUGCGAUUUUUGUCAUACUAUACUAUGACCUUUUUAUCAUACUUAAAAUUUGAAUUUUUUUUCAGGGUGAAAUAUAACAUUUUCAUCAUACUAUACUAUGCGAUUUUUGUCAUACUAUACUAUGACCUUAUUAUCAUACUUAAAAUUUGAAAUUUUCAACAUACUAUACUAUGCCAUUUUUGUCAUACUAUACUAUGACCUUUUUAUCAUACUUUAAAUUUGAAAUUUUUUCCAGAGUGAAAUAUAAAAUUUUCAUCAUACUAUACUAUGCCAUUUUUGUCAUACUAUACUAUAACCUUUUUAUCAUACUUAAAAUUUGAAUUUUUUUUUCAGAGUGAAAUAUGAAAUUUUCAUCAUACUAUACUAUGCGAUUUUUGUCAUACUAUACGAUGACCUUUUUAUCAUACUUAAAAUAUUAAAUUUUCAUCAUACUAUACUAUGACCUUUUUAUCAUACUUAAAAUAAUUUUUUUUCAGAAUAAAAGAUAACAUUUUUGUCAUACUCACUAUGCUUAAAAUUUGAAUUUUUUUUCAGGGUGAAAAGUAAAAUUUUCAUCAUACUAUACGAUGACCUUUUUAUCAUACUUAAAAUAUGAAAUUUUCAUCAUACUAUACUAUAACCUUUUUAUCAUACUUAAAAUAUUUUUUUUUCAGAAUAAAAGAUAACAUUUUUGUCAUACUGACUAUGCUAUUUUCAUCAUUCUAUGCUAUGACUUUUUAUCAUUAUAAAAUUUUACAUUUUCACAUUAAAAUAUGACAUUUUUAUCAUACUAUACUAUGAUUUCUUUUAUCUUACUACACUAUGAUAUUUUUAUUAUACUAUACUCUGAAAUUUUUUAUCAUACUAUACUAUGAUAUUUUUCUUAUCAUACUAUACAAUUAUAUUUUUAUUUUUGUUCACUACUUAAUUAGUGAAGAUUUUAGGAUUCAACAAGACAACUUGUUCUAGCAAAGACUCACAGUGCAGGACACUGUCGUCUAUUAUCAGUAAAAUCCAGUAAAUGCUCAAACAGCUCGUUAAUGUAUGGAGCGCGUGCUCUGACCGUCUCCUUGUUUUAAAGCUUUUUAAGUUCGAUGUGUCCAUUUUCUCCUUUUUUUUGUUGCAUUGCCAAAAUAAUGAGCCGAAAGUCAAAUUAUUCUCAAUUAUUAUUUUGAUUUAUCAAGUAGUCAAGCUAUCUUUACGUUUUGUGCUUUAGAUGAAGGUCAGGCCUCGCCACAAACCUCAACCUUCAUCUCCUAUCUACGAGGAAAUGACCAGGAAGGAGCCGCCCACCAGAACGGCCCAAAAUAAUCCUGAUCCCCCCUCACACCUGGAGGAUGUCAACUUCCCCGUGUACGCCAACCCUAACAUCCGGCAACAGCAGGACAACUACUACGCCUGCCCCCGACAGCUACUGCUGACCCCUCGAGUCUGAAACCAGCGUGAUGAGAGACGGACAACAAAUAAACAAAAGGCUCUUUUUUCAACAGCCAAGAAAAAAGCUAUUUUAUUAAUAUUUGAAAGAAGCUCCAUAGUUCAUGAAAAGAUUUGUUUCGGUGCAUGUCAUUGAACAAUCACAUUCUAUGAGGAGAAAGAGAUAUACAGAGAGAAAAAAUAAAACAUUACAAGCCACUGACUUUUCAUUAAAUCUCAGUACAGACAUUUUUACUUAAUAUUUCAAAACAAAACAAAAAAGGCAAAAAAAAAAAAGAAAAAAAAAAGCAGCCCUAAACCCUUAAACCCCCCCACCCACCCACAACCCCACCCUCCAAGAAAACCUUUAAUAACAGAAAAACCCCUUGAGGGUGACAGGCUAGAAUCCCACAGUGCUAAAGAGUGAGACGCUCAUUGGUUUUAGGAGUACACAGCAUGGCGAUGUAGCGCUAGGUCAAUCUGAAUCAGGGGGAGGAAGCUGGAGGUGGCGGGUGCUUGACAUGAAUCACCCCUCCACCUCCUUAGAAAUCAAAAUAAAAACAAUAAAUCCCCAAAACCCCUGCAAUAGACCAGCCACUAUGAAGUAGGCCAUAAAAUCCCCAUCUUCCAACCCCCCCCAACACUUGUGCAUAGUUUCAUGAUCCUUUACAACCAGCUCAUGUUUUACAAACAUCCUCCAAAAUGUGGAAAAUGUUUCCACAAAAGUCUGAUUUUUUUACCUCUAUUAUCAAUAAUAAAAUAAAAAUAAUACCCGCUGUGGGAGAAUGAGAGAAAGAGAGAGAAAGAGCGAGAGGAAAGAAAGAGUAAUGCACAAUGUUCCUGAUUCAGUCAGGACGGGACCUCAUUAAGAAAACACAAUAAAGAUUCAAACAUACAGCAUUUUGCAUGUUAUUCACUGUCUUUCUUUUUUUAACAAUCAAAAUCAUUGACCUUUUUUUUUUGUUUUAAAUGUAAAGCAGUUUUAAUAUAUAGAUUUAUAUAUAAAGCACUCCAUUUUCAUUUAAAGUCCAUUAUUUGGUUAUUAUGUAACUGCUACGGAUUUAGAAACAAAGGUAUUUUCUCUUCUUCCGAAAUCCAUAACUUUCAGUGCUUAGAAUUGUUUCUUUUAAAUCAUCCUUUUUUUUUUUUUACUCAUCAUAAAAAUGUACAUUAAAAUGGCGUGGAGUUGGUACUCUGGAACCCUGGCCUUCCUGAGACAAGAUCCACUUUUUCGUGUGUGUGCAAGAUAGUGAGCAAUUAUGUCUUUUUUUUUUUCUUUUCUUUUCUCUUUUUUUAUAUAAAGGAAAAAUAUAUAUAAUCAACAUAAAACAUACAGGCUUCAGAUAGUCCAUGAAAUCAACAUCGACACAGAACAAAAGAAGGUUAAACAGAACAAGACAACACUGUUCAAUCCCAGAGUUCUGAAAGUAGCACAAUUUUCUUCAUUCUGUGAAGUGUUGUGUUGCACUUUUUCUUUAAAAAUGGAAGCAUUUGUCCUUUUUUUUGUCUUUUUCCAACAUUCCCAUAGUUUUAAUCUUUUGUGUCGCUGAUUUUUUUUCUGAACUCCAGAAAAAAAAACAAAAAAACAAAAAAAAACAAAGUGUUUUGUAAACUGUCAGUGGCCUUGCAGGAAAAACAACAAAAUAAAACAACAUGAGUGAACAGAACGAAAGCUAACAAACCAAAAAGGUAGGCACCUCUGAAGUGAGCCCUAAAGCCAAGGCUCAGUCUGAUGUCUCGUCCUUCACGCUCUCCGUUGCUCAGAUUUUGGAGGAGCUGAAGUCCUUCUACCCCGAUCUAUGGCCACAGGUCUGCAAAAUACUUUUUUUGCUGCAUUUUUUCAUAUAUAUGUGAUUUUUUUUUCGAUUUUCUUCUUUUUUUUUUUAGGUUUACAGUCUGAAAAAUGGUGCAAUACUCAAUUAUGAUCCAUACUUUCUUGGAUUAUUCCACAAUGAAAGCCACUAAGGUAGAUAAACAUUACAUUUUAAAAACACACUUAUUUUUAGUCCUUGAGUAAACAUUUACACAUGAACUGUCCCCGUCCCCCCUCAGUACUUGUAUCAUGUUGUUCAUUUAGCUGGAUGAGGGGUGAGGCUGACACUCAGUGCAACGCUAGAGGCUAGUAACAAUUAACAUCAGAAUAUAUUUUUUGACAAGCGAAAAAAAAAAAGAAAAAAAAAAAAACAUUAAAAGUAUACUGAAUUGAAAAGAAUCACAAGGCGGAAAUUCCUCCGCUGUAAUCACGAGCUCUCACGCAUAAAUUCAACCUCAUUCACGCCACAUACAGUACAAGCAGCCUUGUGCAAACACUCAAAUACAACAGAUGUAAAUUUUGCCUUUAUAUUGAUCUUUGUUUUCAACAACACUCGUAUUUCAAAUUGGAUUCACGCUUGAACCGAUGCUAUCAAAAAUCUCUGAAGUGUAUGAAUGAGACAAAAAACCACUACAAAAAGUGUUCACAUUACAUUAUUGGCGCUUCUUUUGAUUCAAGUAUUUGUUUUUCAUUAUUUUGUAUUACUCUGAUAUGUUUAUGAUCUUGUCUUCUGGGAAAUAAAAUGUGGAGGAGGAUACGCAGGGUGAGGGCUGAAGGGGAAAACAGAGAGAGAGAUCUAGUCAUACACACGCAUACACCCGUUCUGUACUCUUGGUUGUAUUCUGUGUAUGAACUAGCAUGUGCAUAUUCAACCCAGGCCUUAGAGAUUUGCUAA